AGUAGAAUACAAUGACAUUUCAGAUGUACACGUCGUUUAUAGGUGAGAACAGUUUACUAUGUAUUCUCUUGUACGACUACUUUGCUUGCAGAAAAUAAUGGAGUCAUCAAGAGGACAAGAGAUCUCCAUUUUAAACUGGAAGUGGGGUUACGUCAUCGUACUAUGCAAAUUCAUGACAGAAAUGGCGAUUGGGAUCACCAAGGCUUUCGGCGUUCUCCUCCCAGUGAUGGUUGAAAGAUUCAACAGAAAUUACGCCACAGUAGGCUUCAUCUGCAGUUUACCCGGUACAAUCAUGCUCUUUUCAGGUCCUUUCGUUUCCUUAGUCCUCCAGAGGGUAGAUCAUCGAAUCGUUGCCAUGAUAGGAGGGGUAAUAAGUGGGGUCUUUCUGGUAGCUUGCGGUUUCAUUUCCAACAUUACCGGACUUGGUUUCAUGCUGGCACUCACAGGAAUUGGCCGAUGUUGUGUCUACUUACCGAUUGCUCUCCUGAUGAACCAGUAUUUCAAAAGGAAUUUUGUUCUAAUAAACACCAUAGCAUCAUAUGGUUCAACAGUAGGCGUAAUGUUCCUACCCGUUAUCGCUGAGCGAUCUUUAGAAGCGUACGGUUACUCUGGAGUUUUCAUGAUUCUUGGAGCAAUCAUGUUUCAUAAGGUUGCAGGGGGAGCGGCCAUUCGGAAACCAAUCUUCAGCGUGAAAGAUAACACCACUGGACAAAGUGGUAGUGAUCAAGAUCCGUCGGAGGUGAUCCGUUAUGAGCUGUCGGAGGAUGACGACGAGGAAGAUGGUAUAGAAGGAGGUGAUCAAAUGACAACAUUGAAAGAUGAAUCGACAAACGAUACGGUCCAGGCCCAGGCAGAAAGCCGUUCUGACAUCAAGGAAAACUCUGAAAGUACGGACACACAAAAUGCUGCAAUCGUAAUAUAUGAUAUAAAAAGAUCCGAUGAGGGUGAGGGGGGUUUAAAUGAAGAUGAUAACUGUGAGGAGCACGUUUCUUUGCUAAAAAGUGCAUGCGAUCAUCCUGGUGAGGUGGGUGAUCUUCUCAAUGCCUCAAGAUCUGGUCAAGAUGAUAGUGAGAAAAAUUAUUUCUGCACAUCAUUUAUAUCUCGCUGCAAACUGUUUAUGACCGAGGAAGCCUUGUUCUUAAUGUGCCUCCCAGCGACUUACUUUCGUGCCUAUUCGUUCGAAGCCUGGGUGUUGUACCUAGUGCCUCACGCAGAGCAGUUAGGCAUCACCCCAUCUCGAGCUGUCUUCUUGUCUUCAAUUGGUGGAAUCGGUGGGAUUAUAGGCAGAACCAUUGCAGUCAUUCUCCUCAUUAAGAAAGUACACAUGUUCAAAAUCUACAUCAUCGUUGGUUUUCUUACCAGCUUGUCAUUUUUCUUUGAUUUCGUCGGCGAAUCAUUCAUCAUUCGUUCAGUUUGGGCAUUUCUUCAGGGCCUCUGCUUUUUUGUACUGGAUACUGCAGACGCAACCUUUCUUAAAUUGACGUUGGUAGAUGAAAACAACUUCAGUUUCGGCCUUGGACUGGCGCUGUUAAUACACGGUUCCGGUAAUAUCUCGGCAGGGUUACUCACAGGAGCUUUGUUUGACGUCAUCCAGUCUUAUACCAUCGUCUUCAUGAUGACUGGAUUCCCUGUUUUGUUCUUCACCAUCAACACUGUAGUCAUAUCGGUACUGUUAAACAGGAGAGUCAAGUCCAAACACGUUUAGCAUCGCUCCAGGCAUGAUUAAUUGAAAUGAAUCCUCUCUUCAUCCAGGAGCUUUGUUUGACGCCAUCUUAUCUUAUACCAUCGUCUUCAUGAUCACUGCUAUACUUGUUGUGUUAACUCACCAUUACAUCAUAGUCAUAUCGGUACCGUUGUUAAACAGGAGAGUGAAAUAUAUAUUUGUUAUGACUUUAGCAUCGCUGAAAGUUUGAUUGUGCUUUAAUUUAAGGAGUUAAGGCUAAAAUCCAACUCUAGAUAGAAAACAUUACUCGAUCUCGUUUGUGGACAUAAUUAUGUUCCGCUGUUACCACGUAUGGCGUCAUCGAAUCACUUAGAAAAUCCAAAGAUGUUUAAAAAAACUCCUCCCAACCAAUUAAUUUUGUCGUACAACCCUACUUUGUAUUUUUGUCGAUCAUACUUAUUGAAUUGUUGGGUUGUUCCAGUGUUGAUGUUUUUAUGUGACCGUGUAAAGAAAUGGAAUCAAGCCAGCAUAAUCUUGCUUUGACAACAUAGAUAUCACAAGGUUUAGAUAGCUUGAGUUAAACCAAAUUGAACAUAAAAUUCAAAGUGAUUCGUCAUGAAUCAUUUGCUUCAGCAGACAAGCCUGUUAUGAUAUAAAUGUUGUAUUAUGAACAAUGAUAUGUCCUGAAUACACUAAUCAGAUAUGGCACUGGUUUUUUUAAACAUAUACCAAAUUUGUCCACAAAAGGGUCAAAAAUGAAAUUAUAUUUACUUACUGUAAACGUGUAUUUUUAGGAUCAGGACUAUUCGUGUUUUUGAGAAAUGCAAAUUUCGGAGCUUAAUCUAUUUCCCUAUUUAUUCACCAGAUAUGAAUACUUCGAGUUCUUACCAUUUUAUUGUGAACUUUAGCAUAUCUAAUAACUGUGAUAUAAAACUCAUUUGCUAUUAACUACACCAACAGCUAUGUUGGUCUUUAAGAAUAUGUUUCAGAGAGUAUUCCUGCAAAUUUUUGAGUUUUUAUCUUGAACAAUAAAGAUUUUGUAUCCCUUGAAAGUGAAAAAUAGCUCUAAAUUAGGGUUUUGACAAUAACGAGUUUUUAUUUCAAUAGGUAAAGUGCUUUUUUCUUGGGUCAAACUUAUUUUAAUAUAAGAACCGAUGAUAUAAGAUAAAUAUAUACCCAAAAAUUGGGAACCAGUGCAUUGCUUAAUAAUUUUCAUAUGUCACACCACUGGUGUUU